UUUUUGUUGUCAUGUUUUGUUUUCUAUCAACAAUCAACAAUUAUAUUUUGUAAUGCUGUAUAAGUUUAGAGAAUCUAUUGUUUAUAGUUUUUAAAAGCUAGAACGAUGAAUUUUAUUGAAACACUACAAAAUUACUUCGACAAGCUCCCACAAACGACUGUAAUAACGCACUUAUGGAAGGAAAUAAUAAAAGGAAAGAAAUAUGAAAUUUCUCAAGACCACAUUAUUGAAUAUAGUUUUCACUAUCCUGUAGACACCGAAUUAUAUUUAGAAGAAUUAAAUCAUAAAUUUGACGAUUGUACAAAGGACGAAUUGAAAACUAUUGAAGGCAAUUUAAAGGCUUAUUUGCAAACAUUUAUUUAUUACUGUAUGAUUUCAAAUGAUCGGAUAUCUAUCCGUACAGCACUUUAUGCUGCAGAGCUGUAUUUGAAGAUAAUUAAUUUACCUCCAGAUAUUGAGAAGCUGUACUUUGAAAAGAACAUUUACAUUGUUGUUUUACAAGUUUUAAAUAAUGUUUCCCAGAAACAGAGUCUAUCAGAUAGCCAUAUAAUGAGAAUUUUGGAAUAUAUUUGUAACUACUCAUCUAAAAAUGAGAUGCCCAUUGAUUUAGUUCAAGGUACUGCAAAUAUGUAUGGUAAUAUUAUCAGAUUUAGGGUUGAAUCAGAUGAUGACAAGUUGGCUAAAUACAGUCUAGAAUGUAUAAAGAAUCUACUAGGAAUUAAAGAGCAUCCAAAAGAAAUUAAACAUAUAAUGGGAAGCAUUUUAAGGUGUUUGAGAAGUAAGGCAUGUGAAAAUAUAUCAGUAAAUCAGCGCACUUUAUCAGUAAAUGCAUCAAAAUUGUUUGUUGAAGAAGUUAUGUUUAAAGAAUUCGACCCAGACAAAUUGCAAUAUUUUAUAGAUGCCUUGUUUUCUAUUUGGGGAAUGCCAGACUUUGAUUUGAUUGGGGACUGUGUUGAUAUGAUAAACAUGUUGGAUGAAGAGAGAUACAAAGAGCUGCUAAGAAGGAUUCCCAAUUAUUUAGAGUCUAAGAAUCAUGACAAAUUUUACAUAAAUUUAAUGAAAAUUAUAUAUGAAAUGUUAUUGAAGCCUCACCCUGGGAGGUUUAAUAAAUUAGGUGUUCUGUUUUCUAUAUGUUUCAGAGAUAUUCUAAUGCAUUUAUUGAAUAAGAAACGCCAAAUACAGGAAAGAACUAUUGAAGUCCUAUCAAAAAUCUGCUUACUAGAAAAUAAUUCUAUGAUGGACAGUAUAUUUGAUGCAGUAAAUGAAACAGGAAAAUUUGUCACCAUCGAGAUUGUUGGCGUAUUUAGAGCUGUGAUAAAAAUACUAGAAAACAAUAAAUAUACAAGCAGUCCUAUUAGAAACAAGAGCAUAUUAAAUAUUCUAUCUAGGAUAUUAGUUUCAGUUAAUGUUGUUGAUGGUAAUAUAGCAGCUGAGAUAAUAUAUUUGGUAUGUAAAGAUGGAACUCCUUAUAGUAUAAAACACAUAUUGCCCAAUCUUCAUGAGCUAUAUUUGAAAUUAUCAGAGAAAUCUGAAAAACAUGUAAGACUAGCAAUUUUGAGGGUAUUCCACAAAAUGGCAAUGCAUCAAGAUACUUCUUCUGUGCAAUUUUUAGAGCAUUUAUACAACCAUACAGUAUUUUCUUCAAAUUUAAAUGGUAAAAGGUAUGGCCCUGAGUGUUAUUCAAAUUUAUUACUCUCAGAUGAAUUUGAAUAUACUAUAUUCAUGACAAAAUGUAGACAUCUAAUAAAAUAUGAUCAUGUCUAUCAUACUAUUGCCAAUUUAGACUUCAAAGAGCCUGGCCACUGUGUCCUAUUAAAUGUUCUUUUAGAGUUCAUAAAAUAUAAGGAAUAUAAUAUUCUUACUCAGUAUAUGUUAGAUAACUAUGAAGAGAUAUGUUUUGUGGACAAUGCUGGCCAUCUGUUAACAGCAUUCAACAAAAUCCUAGUUAAUAGCGGGGUAUAUACUGUUGAAUAUUUUCCAAAGUUUGAUGCAAUUCACAGCCUGCUGUGGGACUCUCUAUUUAAACAACUAUGUGGCAUUAUAAAUAUCAAACCCACGUUCGUUUUGAUAGAUAAACUAAAGAGCAUUUUACAACUGGAGGACGAUGAACCUCAAAGAUCAAAUCUAUUAACCAUUGCAAGCGAGAGAGCAUAUAGAGCUUUGUCUCUGAAUCAGUUUCAUCAGGGCUCUAUCAUGCACCUCACUGAAAUUUGUAUAUCAUUAAAAAGAGCCCCACCACCUCAAAUAUUAACAAUUUUUGAAAAUGUUAUGGACCAUCCAGACACAAUGACAUUGCUCAGGACUGAAUGUAAAGAUACCUUAAUACAGCUAAUAGCAUUUUUUGGUACAAUAUCAAUGAUGAACAGAAGUAAAAUUCCUAUAGCCUGUAAACUUUUUAGAGUGGCAUUGGAAGUAGAAGAUCCUGUAGUACAACUAACUGCUAUCAAAAUGUAUUACAAUCUAUGCACAGAAAUAACACACGAAUUUGAAGAUAUAAUAAGGUUCUGUCUAGAUCAUAUUUCUACUACACACCCAGUCCUAAGUAGGGUGUGUAUUUUAAUUUUGGAAGAAUUGAUUCAUGAUAACUACGUCCUUUUAAAUUCAGAAGACUUCUUAAGAUUUGUGCAUCGAUUGGGAUCGUACAGUUUACACGAUUUUAUGAUACACACUUUAGAAAAUAGAUUUAAGUUGUCAAAUAAACAUGACAUUGGAAAAUUCUAUAUGACCACUUUAGUAUACUUAAGUGGUUACACUAAAUUUGACAAUUACCCAAUUUCAAGCAGCUUUAAAGACGAUUUGUUAGUGAUGAGAUCAUUAGUAGACUGUCCGAACGACUUAAUUAAAUUCUUAUUUAAUUCAAUCCAAAUCAAAACAAGGUUUAAUAUUUUAAAAGAGAUGAGCUCCAUUUUCGGUGUAUUGGUCGCUGGGAAAUGUAAAGUUGACUUGGCAUUUUUCCAAUAUUUUCACUACUCUCUAUACACAUUCAAAGUAAUGUCAGGCAAAAUAGAGUUUGACUACAAAUUAAACUAUUAUGGAAAAGUCAUCAAAUGUAUAGAAAAGCAGAUUUUGAAAAAGGACCCGAAGUUUAAUGAGCUUGCAUUUUAUGGAGAGUAUGAGGCUGACGUAAGGUACUGUACUUUGUCUCUAUUAGACCUUCUGUUUUUCGCCAAAAACGAAGAAUCAAUGAAAGAUGUCUUUUAUCCAUUAUUUGAUGUGGUCCUUUGCUGGAUUGAUCAUGUAAAAUCGGAAUUAGUCCAUUAUGUGCAUGAUCAAAAAGGUAAAGAAUAUGACAACAUGCUGAAGAAAUUGGUGCACUAUUACAAAACUAACAAACAGAGAUUAGAAAACUUCAUCAACAAUCAAGAAAGUUCUCCAUUAGCUGUUUUAGUAGAAGCACCAUCAUAAUCAAAUUAUUUAUAUCAUCAUAAUCAAAUUGAUUGGCUUCCAGGCUUCUAGUAUUUUGUAAUGAUUACAGAAUAUAUCUUUUUAUACAUUUUAA